CUCUCUCUCUCUGUCUCUCUACCCAUUCCCAGAGUGCAUAUCGGGAAAUAGACACACAAAGACAUGCGCACUCAACUUAAUCAGCCAUUUUUUUUAAACAGGGCUAAAACGAUAAUAAUUAGCAGAAUAAAGACAUAUCGGAUUUUCAUUUCCUUUCCUCCGUUUCCCCGACCUCCCGUCCAACGAGAGAAACUGCGAGGCAGCCCCCGUCGACACGUCGUUUCCACCGCCACCGGAACCAAAAUAAGGGAUAGCUCUCCAAAAAAAACCGCUUGUCAUUUGUGAUUUUUACCCCCUUUUUUCCCAUUAUAAAGUUGGAGGAUUAUUGUAAUUUUCCACGUUUUUUUUUCUUUUUUUUUUUUUUUUUGUCUUUUGUUGUCUAAUUUUGCAAGCCGCUGGAUGUGACUGUUUUAUAAAGCCAGGAGCAAAGAGUGGAGCGGAGGUGACGCUUUUGGAGGGGGAAGAAAGUCCCUGUUGGGCUCGAUGAGAUGAGAUCCCUAUGUAGUGGUCAUCAUGGCAACUUGUGACUCUCCCCCUAUGGUGUCAUCCCGGCAGCAGGACUAUGGUGGCCAGAGGUUGGAUGCUGCUGCUGAGGACAACUCAGUUGUCUCCACGGAGACCACUGUCACAAACAGCACCAACAACCAGUCGUCACCUGUUGCCAUUGGAGAGUCGGAGAAUGGCCUUGGAGGGCCAGUUGUGAGUCCACGUAGAUCCACUACUACCCCUACCACUGUCAGUGCAACUAUCGACCCUGUAACUGAUCAGAGUCGGAGAGAAAGCUUUACUUCCGGUAACAAAGGGAGUGUUACCGGAACAUUACCAGGAGUAGGAGGAGCAGCAGCUCUGGGUUCGGACUGUUCUGCCCCUGCCACAUCCCCUGUGGCACCGGCAAAGGAGAUCCCCUGCAACGAAUGUUCUAAUUCCUUCUCCAGUUUACAAAAAUAUAUGGAGCACCACUGCCCUAAUGCCCGCCUGCCUAUUGCUGGAGAUCAUGAAGAGGAUGAGGAGAUUGAAGGGAUGAUGGGGGAGGAGAGUGAGGAUGAAGGAGAACGUGAGGUUGGUGUCGCAGAUGUAGGGGAUAUGAACAGUGAAAUGGAGAUGGAAGAGGAUAGUGAUGUGGAGAACCUGUGUGGCGAGAUCAUCUACCAGCCCGAUGGCUCUGCCUUUAUCCUGGAGGACUCCAAAGAGCAGCGUGGCAACCAGGGGGGGCUCUCUGGGGCUCUUCAAUUCAGGCGCCUGUUGUCACCCCAGACCUUCCCUAGUGCCCAGGGCAACAGUGGCCAGAGUGGCCUCAGUCCAGGAGGGGAACGGUUGGAGCAGCCCGCUGCACCCAUGUCCUUCUACCCCCAGAUCAUUAACACCUUCCACAUCGCCUCAUCCCUUGGGAGCAAAUCACUAGCGGCUGACCACCCCUCCUUCCCAAAUACCUCAGCUGGAGGGCUGGCGGGCGCUGGUCCUGUGUUGCACAGUUUCCGUGUCUAUGACCUCCGCCACAAGAAUGACAAAGACUAUCUAACGGCGGAAGGUGCAGCCAAAAACUCCUGUGUGUCCAAAGAUGUCCCCAACAAUGUGGACUUGUCCAAAUUUGAGGGCUGUGUGGCUGAUGGGCGGCGGAAACCUGUUCUGAUGUGUUUCCUGUGCAAGCUGUCUUUUGGCUACAGCCGUUCCUUCGUGACACAUGCUGUCCAUGACCACCGUAUGACCCUGAAUGAGCAGGAACAGAAGCUUCUGAGCAACAAGCAUGUUUCUGCCAUCAUCCAGGGCAUCGGCAAGGACAAAGAACCUCUUAUAAGCUUUCUGGAACCAAAAAAACCCCCAAACGCUGUGCUACCCCACUUUCCCUCACCUGCCAACUUCCUGGGGCCAGACACGGGGCUCCGUGGCUUGUGGAAUGCUUUCCACAAUAGUGGGGAGAAUGCAGAUUCUCUUCAGGCAGGGUUUGCCUUCCUGAAGGGCAGUGCCAGCAGCUCCUCUACUGACCAAACCCCCAGAACCCAAACCAUGCCAAAGGCUGAGACCAACCCAAACCUCGGGGGAGGGGCUGGUGCCCACAGGACCCUCAGUGGGAGUUCUGCCGCUGCUGCCACUGGUGGUAGCCUAGAAAGACAGAACUCUGACAGUGACUUCAAAGGCCACGUUAGGGACACAUGCACUUUGCAACCCAAUGGGCCGGACCUGAGCCAGUACCCGUCCAUUAAGCGGGAACCCGGUACAGUGGGAGAAGAAAGUCCAGAACAUGAUGAGGAUGCUUAUUCACUUGGUGGAGGAGUAGAAAUGGAGGCAGAUGAGGAGGAGGAACAGGUCAUAACCAUGGCAAUGGCGAGCCAACGGGCCGAUAGCACCAGUAGCAAAGAUUUCCCUCUCUUAAACCAAAGUAUUCCCCCCCUUUCCAACAGUGUGCUUAAGUUGAGCAGUGAAAGCAAAGGCCCUGCAUCCACCUCGUCUAAUGCCCUGCCUAUUUCUGAGAAACUGGAGAUGGAAAAGCACCUUCUGUCCACUGCCCUAUCAGCUGGCAGAGAGCGUGAGAACAGCAAUGACUCAACCACUGAUGGCCUAGCAGGACGGGACGGGUUAUCACCAUCCUCCAAUCCACUUGACAUGAUGAUGUUGCGCAGAGAUGAUGAGAGUCCAGGUCCGCUACAUCAAAACACAGGAAAUGCUAGUACACCUGGAACACCAGGGACUCCAGGUACCCCUGGUCCAGGUGAAGGAUCCCCAGGCAGUGGGGUGGAGUGCCCCAAAUGUGACACAGUCUUGGGAUCCUCUCGGUCUCUAGGAGGACACAUGACAAUGAUGCAUUCACGCAAUUCCUGCAAGACACUAAAGUGUCCAAAGUGUAACUGGCACUACAAGUACCAGCAAACACUGGACGCUCACAUGAAGGAAAAACAUCCGGAGUCUGGUGGAUCGUGUGUGUACUGCCGCACAGGACAACCUCACCCUCGUUUAGCUAGAGGCGAAAGCUAUACAUGUGGAUACAAGCCUUUCCGUUGUGAGGUAUGCAAUUAUUCAACUACCACCAAAGGAAACCUUAGCAUCCACAUGCAGUCAGACAAGCACCUGAAUAAUGUGCAAACACUCCAGAAUGGUGGCAGUGAGGCACCAUAUAAUCACAACCAUGCCAACCCUGUGUCUAGUGCCAGCCUUGGUGGAAGCUGCAGCGCACCCUCUCCAUCAAAGCCAAAGCAGAAGCCCACUUGGCGCUGUGAGGUGUGUGACUACGAGACCAAUGUCGCACGGAACUUACGAAUACACAUGACCAGCGAGAAGCACAUGCACAACAUGAUGCUCCUGCAGCAGAACAUGAAACAGAUCCAACACAGCCUCCAUCUGGGCCUGGCCCCGGCCGAGGCAGAGCUCUACCAGUACUACCUGGCUCAGAACAUGGGGCUCGCCGGGGUUAAAUUGGAGAAUCCAGCUGGCAGCGGUGGACCAGAUGCCCAAAUGAUGAUUAACCCGUUUCAGCUAGAUCCUGCAACUGCAGCUGCUCUUGGAUCUGGCCUAGUGAAUAAUGACCUAUCAGCAGAGUUGCGCCUUGCCAGCGGUCAGCUGAUGGCAGAUGAUCUAUCCCUGGUGUCUUCAGGUGGAAUGGGGGGCAUGUCCUCAGCAGACCCUUCCCUUUCUGCCUUGUCACCACCCAUCAGUGACCCCUCGCUGCGCCUCUACCAGUGUGCCGUGUGCAACUGCUACUCCACAGACAGCCUAGAGGCCCUCAACGCCCACAUCAACGCGGAGCGCUCCCUGCCUGAAGAGGAGUGGCGCUGCGUGGUGGGUGAUGUCUACCAGUGCAAGCUCUGCAGCUACAACACGCAGCUCAAGGCCAACUUUCAGCUGCACUGCAAGACAGACAAGCAUAUGCAGAAACAUCAGCUGGUGGCUCACAUUAAGGAAGGAGGCAAGGCCAACCAGUGGAGAUUAAAGUGCGUGGCGAUUGGCAAUCCGGUGCACCUCAAGUGCAACGCCUGUGACUACUACAGCAACAGUGUGGAUAAACUGAGACUACAUGCCACCAACCAGAGGCACGAGUUCGCCAUCCGCCUCUACAAGCACUUGCAGAAGCAGGACAGCGCCUACAGUCAAGAGUCAUGUGUCUACCUCUGCACUCUGUGUGACUACUCCACCAAGGCCCGCCUCAACCUGGUGCAGCACGCCCGCUCUGCUCGCCACCAGCAGAACGAAGGCCUGAGGAAACUCCAGCUGCACCAGCAAGGCCUGGGAGGGGAUGAUGAUGGACUGAGCCUGCAUGAAAUGUUUCAAGUCAAGGAAUGCCUUGCCAGCCCAGAAGAGGCUGCAGAGGAAAGUGAGAGACCUCUUCGAUCCUCCUCCCGGCCUGGACUCAACCUGACUGACCGAGAUUUGACGGAAAGCAAAAGACCCGACCGACCUAAUGCCAUGUCCAAAGAGGUAUCUGGACUGAAUGCUAUGGGUAAACAUUCCCUAAUGGCAGAUCGUCAAAUUGAAAGUCCACCCAAAAGGCCGAAGUCUGCAGAGGGGAAGACGUCAGCCAGCGACCAGGUUCAACAGUGCCCAUAUUGCAAUUACAGCAGUAAAGAUGCCAACCGUAUGCAGCUCCAUGUGAUGUCCCAACAUUCCAUGCAGCCUGUAAUCCGCUGCCCACUGUGUCAGGAUGUCCUAAGCAACAAAAUUCACUUGCAGCUGCAUCUCACGCACCUUCACAGUGUGGCUCCUGACUGUGUGGAGAAGUUGAUUCUAACAGUUGUUGGACCUGAUACAGCCACACCAAAUAAUGUAAUGCAUCCCCAGACUGGACAAGGGAAAACUCCAUCGUUAACCAAUUCCCCAACCUCUCUUACUGAUGGAUCGGGUUCGCUUAAAGGAAACACCUCAAAGGAGGACCAAACCAGUCAAGACAAGAAUGAAUUAGAGCAACAGGAACUCAAGCCCCCCAAAGAGGCUUCAGAGGCCCCAGACUGGAAAAGAACCACUGGAUUAGGACAUGAUAGCAAGUCUCCUGAUAACCUACAAGACCAUCUCAGUGAGCUCCAAAGACUUCAACAACAACAACAGCAGCUUUCUGUUUCUGAUCGCCAUGUCUAUAAAUACCGUUGCAAUCAUUGCAGCUUGGCCUUCAAGACAAUGCAGAAGCUUCAGAUACAUUCUCAGUACCAUGCUAUCAGAGCAGCCACUAUGUGCAGCCUCUGCCAGCGUAGCUUCAGGACAUUCCUAGCCCUCAGAAAGCAUUUGGAAAAUGGACACCCUGAACUGAGUGAGGCUGAGGUGCAGCAGCUAAUAGGAAAUCUGCCACUGAAUGGUGACAUUACUGAGAGUGAGGCCAGGGCCUUGGAGGAAGCUCAAGCCUUUGACCAUGACUUGGACAAAGAUGAUGAAAUGGACCAAGAGGAUAAACCCAGUCCUACUGGAAGUGACAGCAGCUCUCUGCUUGAUGACAUGGGAGCAGAACCAAAACGGACCCUACCAUUUAGAAAAGGCCCCAACUUUACAAUGGAGAAAUUCUUAGACCCCUCUCGACCUUAUAAGUGCACCGUAUGUAAAGAGUCCUUUACCCAGAAGAACAUCUUACUGGUCCACUACAACUCAGUUUCCCAUCUACAUAAACUGAAAAAGGUUCUUCAAGAGGCAUCAAGUCCUGUGCCACAAGAGACAUCCAACAGCAUUGAUAACAAACCAUUCAAAUGCAAUAUUUGUAACGUUGCCUACAGCCAAAGUUCAACUCUCGAAAUUCAUAUGAGGUCAGUGCUCCACCAGACCAAAGCAAGAACAGCCAAAACGGACGUGAGCAGCAGUGGUGUCACUGGCAGCAGUGGCCCCACCCCUGCAAAAAGUCCAGGUCCAAGCGCACAAGGGAAUACUAGCAACUCUGACAGUGCUAGAAGUGGGACUCCUUCUUCUAACAAAGAAAAUGCAGUUGAACACAAAGAAACCAACAACAGCAGCAACACAAAGACAACACCAACUACUGAACAUGUUUCAGCACAGGCCAGCAGCCACCAGUCAGCACAGUCUUCAGCCCAACUGCAGCUGCAGCUUCAGCAUGAACUCCAGCAACAGGCAGCCUUCUUUCAGCCUCAGUUUCUCAACCCAGCAUUCUUCCCUCAUUUCCCAAUGACUCCAGAAGCUUUGCUCCAAUUUCAACAGCCUCAAUUCCUCUUCCCCUUUUACAUACCAGGAGCUGAAUUCAAUCUAAACCCAGAACUUGCGCUACACUCAGCAGCAGCUUUUGGAAUGCCUGGCCUGACAGGGUCAUUCCUAGAAGACUUGAAACAGCAGAUGCAACAGCAGCAUCAGUUGCAGCAGGCUCAAGCUCAGCAACAGGCUCAACAACAGCACCAGGCUUCUCAAAUACAAUCCCAAAUUCAACAUCAGAAAAGCCAACAGCUGCAGAAUAACAAAUCCAAAAUGGAGUCUAAUACUAUAUCAGUUUCAGAAAUACACAUGUCUGCAGAGGCUGAAGACCACCUAGAUAAACAGGAAAGCAGAACUAAAAUGGAAAAUGCAGGAGAUGGAGUGAGUGAUGGAGUAAAAGAAAAUAAGGACCCUAAAAAGUCAAAGUUCCCAGAGCCAUUGAUUCCUCCUCCACGGAUUGUGUCAGGAGCAAGGGGCAAUGCAGCGAAAGCUUUAUUAGAAAACUUUGGAUUUGAGUUGGUCAUCCAAUAUAAUGAAAACAGACAAAAAAAUCAAAAGAAAAGCAAAGAAGGCAUUGAACAAAUAGACUUCAUCACUGAUAAGCUGGAGUGUGGCAUGUGCGGAAAACUAUUCUCAAAUAUGCUGAUUCUCAAAAGCCACCAAGAACAUGUGCACAGUCACUUUUUCCCAUAUGUUGAGCUUGAAAAGUUUGCUCAGCAGUACAGAGAGGCCUAUGACAAACUCUAUCCAAUAAACCCUGCAUCCCCUGAGACACCUCCGCCUCCACCUCCGCCUCCUCCUCCUCCUCCACCACCGCCAACUUCUUCUACCCCAGUACCAACUCCUCAGCCCCCGUCUACAUCGAUGACCAAAUCUCAAACGCCUGUACCAUCACCAGUUCCUGUUUCUCAUCCAACUACACAUCAAACUACUCUUCAGACCCAGCCAGUCCAGCCACCACCACCACCUCCUCCUCCACAACCCACUGCCCCACCUGCACCACCCCAAGUGCAGCUCCCUGUUCCCUUAGAUUUGCCACUUUUCCCACCUUUGAUGAUGCAGUCUGUCCAGCACCCAGGUCUCCCCCCUCAGCUUACAUUACAGCUGCCCAGUAUGGAUUCCCUCUCCACAGACCUUACACAGCUCUGCCAGCAGCAGUUGGGUCUUGAUCCAAACUUCCUCCGUCAGUCUCAGUUCAAGCGACCACGCACUCGUAUAACUGAUGAUCAGCUUAAGAUACUCCGUGCAAACUUUGAUAUAAAUAAUUCCCCUAAUGAAGAACAAAUUCAGGAAAUGUCAGAGAAGUCUGGCUUGCCACAAAAAGUCAUAAAGCACUGGUUCCGCAACACUUUGUUCAAAGAAAGACAGAGGAGUAAAGACUCUCCCUACAACUUUAAUAUUCCUCCAAUUACUACAUUAGAAGAUAUAAGAAUGGAGCCCCAGCUCAGUGCACAUGAGUACUACAGAACUGACUCAGCCAUUAACAAGAGGUCCUCUAGGACCAGAUUCACUGAUUAUCAGUUGAGGGUGCUACAAGACUUUUUUGAUACUAACGCAUAUCCAAAGGAUGAUGAAAUUGAGCAGCUCUCUACAGUACUCAAUCUACCAACACGAGUCAUUGUGGUGUGGUUCCAAAAUGCCCGCCAAAAGGCUCGGAAGAGUUAUGAAAAUCAGGCAGAUUCAAAGGACAAUGAGAAAAAAGAGCUCACCAAUGAGAGAUACAUUAGAACCAGCAACAUGCAGUACCAGUGCAAGAAGUGCAACAUUGUAUUUCCACGCAUCUUUGAUCUUAUUACUCACCAGAAAAAGCUGUGCUACAAAGAUGAAGAUGAAGAGGGGAAUGAGGAUAACAUCAGUGAGGAAUACACAGAUAAUCCUGAACCAUUUCUAUUCAAGGCAAACCUGGCACCGUUAGAGCUACCCAAACCAUCCCAGACUGGGACUGCUACCAGUUCAGGCUCAAGCUCCCCUGUGAUGGCCUCACCUCGUGGACCCAUGGGGAAAGCAUCACCAAAGCCAGAUAUUUCCUCUGAAACAGAACUGAAACAAUCUGAGAUCCCCCCUUCACCAGUGAUGAAGUCACUACCAGAACCAAGACCGUCUAAGGCUUGCACACCUCAACCACCCCCCCAAAAAGCUCCCCAGCCACAGUUGUCAAGACCCCAUUCUCAGCCACAAGCAGCAACAGUACCUUCAAGUCCACUUUCGCUUGCACUUUCCUCACUCACAAACAGUAUCCCCCACCAGAUGCUUCAGUACCAGUGUGACCAAUGUAAGAUUGCCUUUCCUACAGUAGAGCUGUGGCAAGAGCACCAGCACAUGCAUUUUCUGGCAGCCCAGAACCAAUUCCUCCAUUCUCAGUUUCUUGAAAGACCCAUCGAUAUGCCGUAUAUGAUAUUUGAUCCAAAUAACCCCCUAAUGGCUAGCCAACUGUUAUCUGGGGGGCUCUCCCAAAUGCCAUCCCAGAGUAGCUCAAGUAUGGCUACAGCUGUAAGCUCUGGGUCAAUGAAGAGAAAACUGGAUGACAAGGAGGAAAAUGCUAAUGAUAAAGAUGGUGGAAACAGUAGUGAAGAGCAACAUAGAGAUAAACGUUUGAGGACUACCAUUACACCAGAACAAUUGGAAAUCCUUUAUGACAAAUAUCUACUUGACUCUAAUCCAACAAGGAAGAUGUUGGACCACAUUGCACGAGAAGUUGGCUUGAAAAAGAGAGUUGUGCAAGUCUGGUUCCAAAACACUCGUGCAAGAGAGAGAAAGGGUCAGUUUAGGGCUAUAGGGCCCUCACAGUCCCACAAGAAAUGCCCCUUUUGCAGAGCACUCUUUAAGGCUAAAUCUGCUUUAGAUAGCCACAUAAGAUCAAGACACUGGCAUGAGGCUAAACAAGCAGGGUUUAGCUUGCCACCAAGCCCAAUGAUGAAUCAAGACAAUGAAAGAGGUGAAAGCCCAAAUAAGUAUAAUUUCUUUGACUACCCACAGCUGCCCAACAAGACAGAGCCAAAUGACUAUGAGUUGCCAACCGCAUCCUCAACUCCAGUCAAACCAUCUGAGUCUCAAAUAAAAAACUUCUUAAGCCCUUCAUCCUUAAAAGCUGAAAACUGUGAUGAAACUGAAGGGCCUAAUAAUAAUUCAGCAGAAGCUUCAUCUUAUGAUCUCAGUAAGAUGGACUUCGAUGAGACAUCAUCAAUUAAUACAGCCAUUAGUGAUGUCACAACUGGAGAUGAGUGUAAUAACAAUGAGGUUGAAAGCCUAACUGCUAAUGGAGGAGACAAGAUGAACGAUAGCAAAAAGGGCCUGUUGCUAAAUUCUGAUGCUAGUAAUGAAAGGUUUCAAUUCAGCAUGGUGAGCCCUGCCCUCAGCUUCUCUGGAAAAGACUGUGACUCCUACUAUAGCUCCAGAGAUGACGAAAUGGAUGAUAACAAUGACAGAAGUGAAUCGUCCAGCCUUGCUGACCCCAGUUCUCCCAGUCCAUUUGGGGCAGGCAACCCUUUCAACAAAUCUGGAAAAGUCAACAAUACUGGAGAUCGACCAGGCCACAAACGUUUCAGGACCCAGAUGAGUAACUUGCAACUGAAAGUACUCAAAGCAUGUUUUAGUGACUAUCGCACUCCUACAAUGCAGGAGUGUGAGAUGCUGGGCAAUGAAAUUGGACUUCCCAAACGUGUUGUCCAGGUUUGGUUCCAGAAUGCCCGUGCUAAAGAGAAGAAGUUUAAGAUUAAUAUUGGAAAGCCAUUUAUGAUAAGUCAGGGUUCACCAGAGGGGCCCAGGACUGAGUGUACACUGUGUGGUGUGAAGUACACAGCCCGGAUGUCUGUGAGAGACCACAUUUUCUCCAAACAGCACAUCACAAAAGUGCAAGAAACUCUAGGAAACCAGGUGGAUAGAGAAAAGGACU